GGCGUAUAUACGGUCAAGGUCGAAAAAUCUCAUGUUAAACCUUACAUAUCUGUCAUCUCCUAUAAAGCUAGCAUAACUUGCUUGAAAAAAAAUAGUAUAAAUUUUAUUAGAAGCUAAGUCUCAUUUCAGACAGAAAGCAAAACAAGCACAAACAAUGGCGGAUGCAACACAAAGAUAUGCAUUGAUCACAGGAGCAAACAAAGGAAUCGGGCUCGAAAUCUGCAGGCAGUUAGCAUCCAAAGGAAUGGUUGUGAUUUUAGCAUCGAGAGAUGAAAAGAGAGGCAUUGAAGCUCAACAAAAGCUUAAACAAUUCGAUAAAAAUGUGUUUUUUCAUCAACUAGAUGUUGUUGAUCCUGCAAGCGUUGCUGCUGUUUUUGAGUUCAUCAAAUCGAGAUUCGGAAGGCUCGACAUUCUGGUGAAUAAUGCUGGAAUUAGUGGAGUAGAUGUGGAUGGAGAUGUGUCGGUGUUUGAAGAGUAUAUCGAAGCAGACUCUGCCUCAUACGUUGCUGGUGGCAAGGCAGAGCCGUUUCACCCGAAAGCAAAUGGGAAGCUUGUGGAGACAUUGAAGGGUGCAGAAGAAUGCAUAGAGACAAACUACUAUGGUGCAAAGAGAGUAACAGAAGCUCUCAUUCCUCUGCUGCAGCUCUCUCAUUCACCAAGAAUUGUGAAUGUCUCCUCCACAUUAGGGAGUUUAGUGCUUCAAACAAAUGAAUGGGCAAAGGGAGUGUUUAGCAGCAAAGACAGCCUAACAGAAGAGAGAAUAGAAGAAGUUGUGCAGCAAUUUCUCAGCAACUUCAAAGAGGGGAAACUUGAAGAGAAUCAAUGGCCUCCUCACUUUGCAGCCUACAAAGUGUCGAAGGGAGCUCUCAACGCGUAUACUUGGCUUGCAGCGAAGAAAUACCCGCGUUUCUGCAUCAAUUCUGUGUGCCCUGGUUUUACUAGAACAGAUAUCACCUUCAAUCAGGGCCCACUGAGUGAAGCCGAAGCUGCUGAAGCUCCGAUGAAGCUGGCUUUGCUGCCCGACGGAGGGCCGUCGGGCUUUGCCUUCCUUCGAGGGGAAGCAUUGUCUUUGUAAUCAAAGAUUUGUAAGAAACAAACACACAGACAUUCUCAUGUAAUAAUAAUUGUGUUUUUUAGUGUGUGAGCUUCUGUUGCAGACUUCAUGUUAUUACACUAUUUGUUACCAUACUACAAAAUAUCACAAGAUUCAGA